UCGAGGUGCCAGGCCGUGCAGCUGAACGGGCGAGGGGCAAGAUGCAAGGAAGGGACGUUUCUGCACCGGCCGAAGUGUCCCAGGAGGCCAGCCCUUAUCCCCACAGACUCCAGAUCCCAAGAAGCGAGCAAAGCCUGGAUUUUCGCCCUUUGGAUUUGUUUUGGGACACAACCAAUUAAACAGCAAAGGAGAGGGAAGAAGACAGCCUCUAGAACAUUUUUUUCUGGCUUAAAACCAUCUUUAGUGCACAAUUACAAAAAAAAAACCAAGUAAAACUUUUGUUAUGUUUACAAUUUAAUCAAUUUAGGAAAAGUUUCGGUAGAGAGAAAACACAGUGAAAUAGACAACGCUUCUGGCCACCCCUGUCCUGCGACGUCGUAGGACGCGGCGCUGUGACGUCACAAGGCCACCGCGCCGCCGUGGUGCUUUCGUGUGCCCAGCUCCAGGGGAGCGCCGUCGCCGGGAUUUCUUCACCUGACUGUCCCCACCCUCCAGACCCGAGAUCCCUUCUGAACGCGUGGCCAAGCGCUACUACGACGGGAGCUGACCUUUCUGAAGCGAUUCUGAUAACACAGCGAAAUUGGCGGAGGGAGCAAGACGCGAGAGACGAGUCAUCAGCCAGGGAGUCGGCCUCCGUCCGGGGAUCUUAGAGACCCUGCGGGCCAUCAUGAAGUUCCAGUACAAGGAGGACCAUCCUUUUGAGUAUCGGAAAAAGGAAGGAGAAAAGAUCCGGAAGAAAUACCCGGACAGGGUCCCGGUGAUCGUGGAGAAGGCUCCUAAAGCCAGGGUGCCUGAUCUGGACAAGAGGAAGUACCUGGUACCCUCUGACCUCACUGUUGGCCAGUUCUACUUUUUAAUCCGGAAGAGGAUACACCUGAGACCUGAGGACGCUUUAUUCUUCUUUGUCAACAACACUAUCCCUCCCACUAGUGCUACCAUGGGCCAGCUGUAUGAGGACAACCACGAGGAAGACUAUUUUCUGUAUGUGGCCUACAGUGAUGAGAGUGUCUAUGGGAAAAGAUACAUCCAGGGGAGAAAAAUGUAAAUCUGCUUGUAUGAG